AUGGUAAGAAAUUACAUAAGAAAAUCCACCAGAUGUUCGUCUUAUAAUGAUGAAUCAUUGAAAAUUGCUGUUGAAUCAGUAACGAAUGGCAUGCCACUAAAAACGGCUGUCAAAAAAUAUGGGGUCCCUGCAAGAACUUUAAAAAGGCAUCAGAUGGCCAUGACCAAAUUUCCUGGAAAAAUUAGGCUGGGACAUUUUCACUCAAUUUUUACAAAGGACCAAGAACUAGAACUAGUAGAAAUUAUUAAAAGUAUGGAAAAAUCAUUCUUCGGAGUGACCACAACAGACGUCAGGAAAGUGGCUUUUGAAUUUGCCGAAAAAAUGAAAUUAAGCCAUCCAUUCAAGGUUGAAAUGAAAAUGGCAGGGAUAGACUGGAUGUAUGGUUUUUUAAAAAGACAUCCAACGCUAUCUAUUAGAAAGCCGGAAGCGAUAAAUUUAUCACGGUUAGUUGGCUUCAAUAAAGAGCAGGUAAAAAUAUUUUUCGACAUAUAUCUUGAAACUCUCAACAAUGGAAAUUACAAUGCUAUGAAAAUAUGGAAUGUGGACGAAACUGGAAUCUCAACUGUUCAGAAACCAGUGAAAAUUGUUGGCAGCAAAGGUUCCAGACAAAUAGGAAAAAUUACAAGCGGGGAACGUGGACAUACAGUAACUGUUUUAUGUUCUAUGAACGCUGCCGGAAUAUUUAUUCCACCUAUGUUUAUCUUUCCAAGAAAAAGAAUAAUGGAUUCUUUAAUGAAUGACAGUCCACCACAAUCAAUUGGGACAUGCACUCCGAGUGGUUGCCUUUUGGAGUCAAUUGUUGGACCAAUAAAAUCAUCAACGCCACGAGGUAGAAAAAGAAAAUCUGAAAGAGCUACCUUGCUAACGUCCUCACCAAACAAAAAAUUGCUACAAGAAAAAGAUGAUCAAAAUUGUAAAAAGAUAAAGCGUUCUAAAGAUUUAUUAGAUAUAAAAAGUAAAACGGUGAAACGAACCAAAGAUACAACUCCAUGUGGGACUUGCACACAAAUUUUUUGUAAAGAUGUAACUGGGCGUCAGUGGAUCAAAUGCCAAAAAUGUGGCAUUUGGCAUCAUAAUGGUUGCCAAGGACUAGAAGAGGAUUAUAAUGACAUUUUUAUUUGUAUUGAGUGUGAUGAUUAA